UUUUCUUUUUUUUUUCCCUUCGCGGGUUCUUCCACCCCAGCCACCAGACCCCCAGUGGUUAGGCGCAAUCAGCGGAACGCAUCUCUUCAGAAUACGGAAUCUCAGCUACCGCGCGUCUUUUCUAUCGUUUCCCGCAUUGCCGCACCCCUCGCUUGUCUCGCCGACCUUUCGCGCAUCGCGCUGAGCGUUCCCAACACAGCCGACAGCCCUCUUCCUCCCUCGCGCAUUCGUUGCGACCGCGCCAACAAUGAGUGGCUUGCCACCGGGCGGGUUACCCCCGCCCAACGACAGCCUCUGGCAAGAGCACCGCACGCCCGACGGACGCCUCUAUUACUACAAUGCUGCGACCAAGGAAACGCAAUGGACCAAGCCCGUGGAGAUGAUGUCGCCAGCAGAGCGCGCUCUUGCCGAUCAACCGUGGAAGGAAUACACUGCCGAGGGUGGCAAAAAGUAUUGGUAUAAUGCAGAAACGCAAAAGAGCUCGUGGGAGAUGCCUGAUGUUUACAAGGCAGCUAUGGGUGUUCCCUCCACUCCGGUGACACCCUCCUUCGGCAACAGCGGUGGAUACGGCGGAGACAGGGAUCGGGACCGAGACCGAGAUCGAGAUCGAGACCGCGACCGCGACCGAGAUAGGGGCGACCGAGACCACGGCUCAGGCUACGGGCAUGGCCGUAGUCAUCGGCACGGCGGACAUGGCGUCGGUUAUGAUCAUCACCAUCACGACCGCAGGGAGUCGCUCCCUGAGUCGCGUCAGCUAACCUUCGGCAACGAGAGUCAAUUCCAGGCCUUCAUCCCCGCCAGCAACGACCCCGUCUUCGACACACCUGAGGAAGCUGAGGCAGCAUUCGCCAAACUCCUCCGUCAGAGUGGUGUAGAGCCUGACUGGACAUGGGAGCAAACACUCCGCGCAAUCGUCAAGGACCCUGCCUACCGCGCCAUCAAGGAUCCCAAGGACAGAAAGGCCACUUUCGAAAAGUACUGCCAUGAUGUAGUGGUACAGGACAAGGAACGCCAAAAGGAGAGACUUACCAAAUUGCGCACCGACUUCGUCUCGAUGCUGAAGAGCCAUCCCGAGAUAAAGUACUACACGCGCUGGGAAAUAGCACGGUCUAUCAUCGAAGGGGAGACGGUCUUCCGAGCGGCCAGCGAUGAUAAUGAGCGCCGCCAGCUCUUCGAGGGCUACGUGCGAGAUCUCAAGCUUGCUCACUCUGAGGAACAGGCAGCAUUGCGCAAGAGCGCCAUCGACGGCCUUGUUGACCUGCUCCCCAAGCUCAACCUUGACCCCUACACACGCUGGUCCGAGGCGCAAGGUAUCAUCGCGGCUACCCCACCCUUCAAGGCUGAGGAAAAGUACAAGUGUCUCAGCAAGUUCGACGUCUUGAAUGUAUUCCAAAACCACAUCAAGUCCCUUGAGCGCAGCCUCAACGACUCGCGACAGCUACAGAAAACCCAAAAGUACCGACAAGAGCGCAAGAACCGAGACGCAUUCGGCGCUCUUCUUAGUGAGCUUCGGCAGUCUGGCAAGAUCAAAGCCACCUCCAAAUGGGGUCAAAUAUUCCCUCUUGUCGAGAACGACGAGAGGUACACAGCCAUGCUCGGACAGCCCGGUUCGACACCACAGGACCUCUUUUACGAUCUGGUUGAGGAAGAAGAGCGAGCUCUGCGCAACACUAGAAAUGAUGUUGACGACGUUAUCGAUGACAAGAGAUUCGAAGUUACCCCUCAAACUACUCUGGAUAGCUUCGCGGCAGUUCUCAGGAGUGACGAUCGUACUGCUAACCUAGAUCAAGAAAUCAUGGGCCUGAUAUUCGAAAGGCUCCAAGAAAAGAGGAAGGACAAGCGGACCGAUGAGGAGCGUCAGCAGGAGCGCCAGCAGCGUCGGGCACUCGACGAUUUACGUUCCUAUAUAAAGCGCAUGGACCCCCCGAUCGCCGCCAGCGACUCGUACGAGAAGAUUCUUCCUCGACUACAAAAGAGCGAGGAGUUCCAGGCCGUUUCGUCCGAGGAUGCUAGGCGGGGCGCAUUUGAGAAGUAUGUGCAGAGACUGAAGGAGAGAGAAGAAGAAGCGGAACGCGACCGCCAGAGGCGUCGCGACAGAGAUGACCGCGGAAGCUUUCGCGACAAGGACCGAGGUGAGCGGUCGCAUCGCCACGGUGGCGCACGCGGCUCCAGAUCCAGCCGCACCCCGGAGCCAGACCUGUAUGAGGCCGACCGCCGAAAGGCCAUCGCAGAGCGUGAACUCAACUACCGCAAGUCCAGCAUGGCGGAGAGUCUGCUUGCAGAUCGUCGCUCCGACACCCAUCACAGCCGCGAUAGGGACCGGGACCGGGAUCGGGACCGGGACCGGGACCGAGAACGGGAUCGGGAACGAGACCGCGACAGGGAACGAGACCGGGACAGAGAACGAGACCGCGAUCGUGAUGGCCAUCGCGAUAGAGACCGCGACCGCGAACGGGACCGGGACAGGGAUCGAGAUCGGGAGCGAGACAGAGACCACCGUGUUCGUGACAGGGAGCGUGACCGUGACCGUGGUGAGCGCGACAGGGAUCGUGAGCGAGACCGUGAGCGAGACCGGGACCGAGAUCUGGACCGACCUCCUCGUUCGCGACGAGAUGACGGACCAUCUCAUUACGAACGCGAGCGCCGUGACCGUGACGAAGAGCGCGAGCGCCUCUAUCAGCGCCGGGCAGUAAGUCGGCCCACGGAUGAGCUGAACUACGGUGACGAGAAGCCACCUUCAUCGACGCCCACGGCGCAGGCUUCAUCAGCCUCGGCUGCCGGGGCCACGGCCGGUUCGUCGUCCGUUCGCCGCCGCCGCGAGGAUGACGAACCCGACCGAAGGGACUCUCGAGACUCAAAGAGACUCAAACGCGAUCUCUCCAGAGACAAGACGCCCUCGGCGCGGGAGGGUGGCCCGGUUGCUCAUCCGCGUGAGACUCGAAGCCCUCAACCUGCACAGGCGACGGCAACUCCCAAGGACGACCCCGCAGGCGUUCAUAGCGGGAGCGAAGAGGGCGAGAUCGAGGAGGACUGACGCGAGGUGGCGGACUCCUUCCAAUCUCGCCACUCCCUUGUAUGAUUCUCAUUCCCUGCGCUCUGAUCUAAACAGUUGGAUCGUUGAUACUCUGCUCCGCAAUUGUCUUUUUUUUUCCUGGAAAUCGAGGCGAUCGGUACCUUAGCCCGCGACCCUCGCUACUGGUGCCCGACUCUACCGGAGGAGGUCAGGACCUUGACAUUACCCUUCACAGCCUGCAGCGAGCGAUGUUCGACAAUACGCGCCGUACCCAGACAUGGCCAGGCUCCCUGACUUGCAAUCUCCCCGGAACGGCCCCGUCCCAGACUACCUACGCAGCCCAUCUUGUUCUUCGAUACCGACCCGACAAUAUCCUCGGCUCCCAACACCGGCAGACCAGCCAUUGCCGCCUCCAUCCACCACAAACUAGGAAACGAGCGGGCUUACUGGCUAGCGGGCAAGGAUCAUGGUGUGUAUUCACCCUUUCAUUCUCCCUUUUCUGAACCUAACAUUAGAUAUUGUAAAUUCCAUCCCACAAAAAGAAGAACACGUAGAAACUGUCUGCGUGGUGUCACCAGAUGUCGCUGCCGUAGAUAGCUUGUCGAAUAGUGAUUCAUUCCACUCAUUUUCACGGUGCAAUCCCCAACGUUAAAUACCAUAUAUCUCA